AUGUGUGGAGUAUGCAAGACCCAGUCGCAUCGCAUCACACCAACUAAACUAACAUAUGUCACCAUCAGCAUCGUUUUCGUCCACGGUCUGACAGGAAACCGCGAAACAACCUGGACUCACAAGCAAACGAAGAUCUUCUGGCCACAAGCGUUCCUGGCCCGCGAUCUCCCCGAUACCCGGAUCCUAACCUUCGGGUACGAUUCAGAUAUCAUUUGCGCCCUACACAUAUCCGGCCCCAACACGUUACGAGAUCAUAGAAAGUCGCUAGCUCAUGACCUGGCGAUGCGAAGGAUGAGGUCCCGAACCAACCAACGCCCCCUCAUCUUCGUCGCGCAUAGCUUAGGCGGUCUCGUAGUCGAGCAGGCCCUCCUCAUCUCCCGCGGCGCCGCACAACAACACCUCAAACAGAUCUUGACAUCCACCACUGCAAUCGCCUUCAUGGGGACUCCGCACAUCGGCUCGACGAUCGCCGACUGGGCUAUACCUCUUACGCGUCUCGGUAACGUGCUCCGCAGAGCAAAUAAGGACAUCGUCAAAGUUCUGCAGCCCGGGUCAGAGAUGCUUGCGAAUCUGCAGCAGGAGUUUCAUACCAUGUUGGAGGAUUAUCGCCGGAAUCAUAAUAAGAGCAUAGAAAUAUUCUGCUUUUUUGAGGAAUUGCCAGUAAUUGGCAUCGGAAAGAUAGUACCCGAUCACUCCGCUAUCCUCAGCGCUCAUCCCAAUCGCAGUAUUCACGGUGACCACAUGCAAAUGACCGAGUUUGCCAGUGCCAGAGAUCCAGGCUAUGUGGCCGUUAGUGAUCAGCUAUGGUUAUGGGUGGAAGCACUGCAGAGAGAACGUGAAGCGCAGGUUCAGGCUCAAGCUUUUCAGGAAUCUCAACCUCAGCAGGAGCCUGCAGGUUUCCAGAAUUCUCGACCACAGUAUCUUAUUGACUCUGGAGGAGGGCCGAUAUUCCAAGGAAGUCAGGCUGUUGGGAGGGUUAUUAAUUUGAAUGCUAUAGCUCACCGGUACCAGCUUGAAUAA